ACCCAGCCUGCUCCCCUAAAAGUAGUUGUGACACUAGGCUUGGAAAACACUUCAUUAAGUCAACAGCAGUGAUUUUAAGUGCUGCUUAUGAGGCCAGGUGUAAGUUCUUCCUUCUACUAAUCUUGAACUUAUUUUCCUCAAGUGAUGACUGCUUUUGAGUUUCUUUAAAACUCUAUCGUCCAAACUGGUACAUACUGCUAAUUAGUCAUUAGUAUCUAUUGAGGGCCUACUUUGUAGAGUAUCUAUUUUGUGCAGAGGACUGCAUUAGGCAUUCACGAGAAUUCGGUGGAAUUGGAUAUGAUCUCCGCCCUCAACUAACUUAAAAUCUAGAAGCUUUGAAGCUCAGCAAAGAAGGGAAAUCCAUUGAGAACAGUCUGUAAAGGUUAACAGCUCCUAAAGGUAAACCCAAAAGAGAGCCAGAUAAAGCUGCUGGCAUAAACUACUAGAAGACAUCAAUAAAAAUACUUGGACUACAAUACUUCACCAUGUCAUUGAGAUUUGGACAACAUCUCAUCAAGCCCUCUGUGGUGUUUUUGAAAACCGAAUUUUCGUUUGCUCUGGUGAACAGGAAACCUGUCGUCCCAGGACAUGUUCUUGUGUGCCCUCUCCGGCCUGUGGAACGUUUCCGUGAUCUUCAUCCUGACGAAGUGGCCGACUUAUUUCAAACCACCCAAAAGGUCGGGAAUGUGGUAGAGAAACAUUUUAAUGGUACUUCCAUUACUUUCUCUGUCCAGGAUGGACCUGAAGCUGGCCAAACUGUGAAGCACGUUCACGUCCAUGUACUCCCCAGGAAGGUUGGAGACUUUAGCAGAAAUGACAGUAUCUAUGAUGAGCUACAGAAACAUGACAAAGGAGAGGAAGAGUUCCCUGCCCACUGGAGAUCUGAGGAAGAAAUGGCAGUUGAAGCUGCAGAACUCAAGGCAUAUUUUCAGUAAUUUCCAGGGAAGAAGGUGUCUUGAACAAAUCCUGAGGCGUAAGAAAACAGAAAAUGGGACUCAUUCUCUUGGAAUUUGUGGCAUUGGAAAUGAAGUUAAACAGGCUUUAUUACAUCCUACAAAUACUGCAUCCUUUCAUACAACAUUUUAUUAUACCCCUGGAUAUCUCUGGUUUUCUUUCAAUCAAGAUGACUGACAGCCAGGAUUCAAAACAAUGGCUUUGCUAAUGCUCUCAUUUUCCUCCAUUGUCUGGUUAGGAUGGCAUUAUUUCUAAAUUGUCCCUUGGCUGAAUGGAAAUAAAAUAUUAGUAAAAAUAUU